AUGAUUCAGAAUCUGAGCAGUGCGCCGUCUCCAGUUGUGGGUUUCCAUCAUUUUUACUUUCUUCUCCGUCGCGACAGUUCCUUUUCUUUUUCUCCGAAAAUUUUUUGUUAACGGACUUAUUUGAUAUAUAUUUUGCUUCAUUUAUAUAUUUGAAUAUUUGAAUAUUUAUUUCACUCUAAUACAUAAAAUGAAAUGAGCUACAAAGAAAGAGGCAAAGUUUGAGCGAGAAUUGUGUGGGAGUAAAAUGAGCAUAGGUUUUAAUACGCCCUCACGAGCGAAUUCACCGGUAUAGGGAAUAGAACACGUAGAAGGGUUUUUGAUCACAGUAGACGUAAGGGAAUGUUUGAAAAGAGUUCUUCGUUGCUUAGCGAGUCGAGAAACUUUCUAAAACGGGUGGUAGACGUGUUAGGGUUGAAUUUAUAUGAAUUCCUGUAAAUAUGGUUCAACCGACCACGUUUAAGAUUAAUUCUCGUAAGUUAAAGUGAACAAAGAAAAGAAAAGAGAAGAGAGGGAGCUCAUCAUUUUUCCAAUGUCAUCCGUAACUGCACGAUGCGAAAAUCCAUCUCAAGAAAUAAUGCAUAAAUCGUAAAGUCUAUCGAAAUAAAUCGACAAACGAGCAGCAAAUAAUUUUGUUUAGCCCAUAUACACACCCAUUUUUCAAUCCCUAAUUUAAUUUUUUUAACUUAGUAAAAUUAGAACGCUUUUUUUCCGGUUUAUUAAUCUCGUCAAACAAUUUUUGGUAUUCUUUUUUUGAAAAUAUUUAUACGAAUCCUCCUUUGAACCUUUCUGGGUAUAAUCCGACGUUACCAACAUGUUUGAUUUUCAGCAUAAAAGUAUAAUCAUUCGAUCCGUCUCGUCGAGAUACGUACGAAUAUCAUAAAAUUAUUCGGCGCUGACUACUAAGAAAAAUUUUAAGAUGAACUUUAUUAGUUUUCAAUCAGGUAAGUAUUCUGAGGAAUAGAAGUUUUUGCUUUUUCUUUUAAUGAAUUACUUAAAAAAAUAGGCUUAGUUUUAAGGCUUCACACGGAGGCGGAGCGCGCAUAGCGCGAAGCCGACUGUGGCUCGCUUCGAAAAAACUGAGCCACAGCGAACAAUUCGUCAAAUAAAUGAAAAACUUGACAUAAAAAGCAUGAAGUUUCAAAACGUGGACACUAAAACACUAUCAGGUAGCUCUAAACGAUUUGCAAACUUGAUACGCGUAGCGAAAAAAUCUGUAAAAUGUAUUUCCCAAAAACAAAAGAAAGAAAAAAUAUUAAAGGAGCAUACUGUGCGUAAGCGCGGGCUUCGACGCGGUCGCUUAUUUUUACUGUGAUUUCUCAUCUUUUUUUGCAUUGUUUUUUUCGAAUAAUUUUUCAAAUUUUUUUCCUAUUUUUAAAAGAUUUUUUUCUUCUCAUGGCGUAGUAGCGAUAGUUGAAUUGAAUCAGCGUCGAAAAAUGCAGCGAAAUUUUUGAAAUUUUUUUUUGGUUGUUGCACACCAUAAAGUUAUUUCUUCUUACAAGCGCCGGUAAUUAUCACCCAUUAUAUGUGAACACUUCGCAAUAGGGCGCACUUGGUUUUACGCAUAUUUCGAGGAAAUCCAAAUUAUUUCUAUCUCACCUCGCUUUUUCUGAUGCCGUGUUCAAAGUAAUUUCCGCGAAAUUCAAAAUAGCCGUCAGAGAAAGAGAAAGAUAACUAAAUUUUGGAGGGUCAGAGACCAUUUUGCAUUUCGCGGAAAUUACUUUGAACACGGCAUGAGUUUUUCAUUUGUUUUUAUGAUUUAUAAUUAAAUUACAGGAGGGUACGUCCACUUCAUGAACUUUGAAAUAAAAAAAAUAUUCUGUGGCACGUGCUAAAGCUCGAAGAUGUCGUAGCAAACGAAUUUUUGCGGCACCUAGAUGAUCGAGAUCAAUUUUGCCACAAGUUUCGAGCAGAGAGAGUCUCAAAAUUACUCAAAAAACUGGUGUGUACUUUUACAGGGCUUACACUGAACUUUCACACAAAAUUUAGAGUAAACUGGAUAACAGUCAAAAAAAAAGCGAGAUCCCGUUUUAUAUGUUUAAAAUUAGGUAAACUGUUUGAAAAAAAUCGAACGAACAUUCUAUUGAACGUUAACAUUGACGACUAUAUUCUAUAUAUUUAAGUGAUUUUUUUUUUAAACUUGCGAUCAAAAAUUUUUUGGAACAUGUUCUAGUAUUUUGUGCCAAUAAAGAUAACUGCCGAGUCUUGCGCGAGAGAAAUUCGCUCUGACGGUACAUUUGACGAACUCGCAAUGUGCUCAGCCGACCUGGUCGAAUUCGAUGAUCACGGCAUAGAACAGAAGCAUAUUGAGGAAGUAUGGUCAGCACUGAGCACAUCAGCGAACGUCCAUCAAAGUACCAAAGUAAAACGAUGUUCUCGCACUCCUCUCGCUUUUAUCACGCAAUGAAAACUUCCAAAAUUCGAGACUCGCGCGGUGACAGAGCGAUUUUUGCGAGUUAGUCAAUAUACCGCCAGCAAUAUCGUUUUCAUUUCGGCAGUUAUUAAUAACGAUGACCAGGCUUGUGCGUCAGGCCGAGCGCCCGGACUUAGGGCCGCAUUUUUGACGAAAGGUUUGCGCAGGCUUCUGUUGUAAAAAAGCUUGAUAUUCGACUUGGAGAAAAUUUGAGCCCGUUCUUCUUUAUUUGAGACCUCCCUAAGGCCAAACCGUGCUUAGAAAAUGGCGAAGGGUCGAUAGUCUUACGGGCAGGUUCCCGUAUAACCAUGAUGGUGACUACACGGUCUCAUUGAAAAUUUUUUCGAUUUUGGGAAUUUUUUACGCGAACGGUAUCUCCUUUCCUUUCAUCCCAGUAGGUAUUCCGCACCCUGUUAUUUAAUUAUAAAUCAUAAAAACAAAUGAAAAACUCAGAAAAAGCGAGGUGAGAUAGAAAUAAUUUGGAAUUCCUCGAAAUAUGCGUAAAACCAAGUGCGCCCUAUUGCGAAGUGUUCACAUAUAAUGGGUGAUAAUUACCGGCGCUUUUCUUCUUACUAGCGCCAAAUAAUUUUAUGAUAUUCGUACGUAUCUCGACGAGACGGAUCGAAUGGUUAUACUUUUAUGCUGAAAAUCGAACAUGUUGGUAAGGUCGGAUUAUUCCCCUUUCUGUGUCAAGUGCCGUGUUUAAAGAUAUUCCGUCAAUUUGGUAAUAAAUGAGAGUAAAAAAUAUAACUUUUUUUUUUUGAAGAGAGAAAUAAUUUUGUGUUACGCGAAUUUGCUUGAAAAUGAAACUAUUUUUCACCGUUCAGUUUUUUUUUUUCAAUGAAAUGAUAUAUGAUUUUCAGCAAUAUAUUUUUGCACCAUGUAGAUGUAUUAAGUUGUGCCUGUCUCAAAUUGAAAAAAAUAAAAUUUUGGUUUUUGUCAAAAUAGAUGAGUUUGCGCAAAAAAAUUACUAAUAUGAGCAAUCGUUGCUACGACAACAGCGAACUUUUUCAUUUCUGCAUUUUUCUAAAUACCUACUCUGCUUUUUCAAUUUUAUUUUUCAAUAAAUUAGACAGGACAGUCGAUGCAUUUAAACUGCUUCCUGUCGUUAUAAUUUGUUUCGAUGAAGUUCAAAAUUAAAAUUUAAAAAAACCAGCUUAUCCCGUUUUUUUUUUGUCAAAAUGUGUUUUUCGCUGUCUCUUUCGCAGUUUUGGCAGAGCCGGAGGGCAAAAAAAAAAUCUGUUUUCACUAGCGCAACGCCCUAUGGACUUCAGACUCUUUGAAAUGCCUCAGGUCGCGAUACCUUUUCACGAAUCGCGUCUGUAUAUAGCUAAUAUGUUUGUAGUUUAAUGCGAUCGUUAUAAAUCCAUUUCCCUGAAAUUCGAGACGUGGCUAUUUUUGGCUUUAUAACUCUCAAUUUUAAAACUUGAGAUGGCUCGUACCCAGAGAAAAGUUCUCCACGUUGAGAAAGACGACUCCGAGCCGAAACCGCGAAAAGUUCAGGAAGUUUUCUCCCAGUCUUUCAAGUUAAGAGCAAUUUUUUGAAUUUUAGAAGAAAAAUAAACGUCCGUUGAAAAGAGAUUUGCCUCAAGUCAGUGAGAUCAAAGCCUUGGACGAGCAAAUCAAGAAAGAUGUCAUCAGUGAUCAAGAGCUGGAAAAAGUUCAAAGCCAAAAAAGUUGAAAAUAAAAGUCAGCUUCAGACGGCCAAUAAGCGCAACCAUAAGAAGACUUUUCCCAGAGAUAGUUCACAAUGCGCUAGCGAGCAAAUAAAGAAGGACGUUGAUUUGCUCGUGAAGAAGUCCGACAAGGAACGGAAAGUGAGUGUUUAAAAGAAACAUUUAAAAAUUUUUUUUGAAUUUUAGAAACGAAAAAAAAAGAGUUUGGCGAGUGAUGCAAAAGAAGUUGAAAAACUUAUUGAUGUUUCGAAACAAGAAGACCACGAUGUAUGAAAAAUGAACGAAAAAAAUUAUUACUUCAUGUUCAGAUGCCUAAAACGAAGCAGCAACAAUUGAAAAGAGCUAGGGCAAAAAGUCAGACGAUUUUAAGCGAAAAAUUGAAAUGCGUGCCAGCUGCCCAUAAGCAGGAGAAGAACGUUCGUUACUUCGUCUGAUAAAAAAAAGAAUACUGAACGAAUUCAGACUACUCAGAAGAUUAGCCCACAACAAAAAGAAGUCCCAAAAGCUGCUUUGAAAGGUUUAAAUGGCCAGGCGAAGAACAAUAAGACAAAUAUUAAAUCUAAAUCACAAACGGUUUGUUUCCAUGCAAAAAAUCUUAUUAAUUAAAUUUUUAAGGUUCCCAAAACGAAAUCUAAGAUCUUUUUAGAGUUAAAUAAAAGAUCGAAGAUCGAGGAAAAAAUUCGAAAUUAUCCAAAAGUUAUCGCACAGGAAUUGGAAGAAGAUGUUAAUGUUAGUUUGAAUUUGACUAUUCCAAAAAAUAUUGUAAAUUUUUUCAAGGUGAGUAACCGUAUCCUCGACAAAGUUGGCUCAUUCCGUCUUGUAACGAGAAGAAUCGACGCGGUGAGGGGAGUUCUGUUGAUCAUGACCCCGACGGCCAAAAAUCUCUGUUGUAGUUCAUUUGGCAGCAUAACUAAAGGUUGAAAAGGUGGAAACAAAAGCCUCAUUCGAAAAUUAUGUUCAGGAAUGCAUAUGAUUCUGUCAAGAAGUUCGGACAACGGCGUAGGUACUUCAGUUGUCGUCAUUGAAGUCGAUAAACUCAAGCUUUUGGUACGAAUUUAGAAUCUUUCAUUCUUUACUUGGAGAGAUAAUCUGCAUUUUAGUCGUUUUUUGGAGCUUUUCUGACUGAAAAAGAAUUUGGUUUUUUGAGGUCGUUCUGAAUAUCAAAGGGAUGAAAGCGCAGACGAAUCUCAUCGUCACACACGAGAACUAUUUCCUUCGCUGCGAUCCGGUCGACAAGCUGAUUGAUUAUUACAGUACUGAAGUUGUUUUGAAUGAAAAUGAACUCCUUCAAGUGUCGAAAAACCUUGAUCAGAGCGGAAUGAUCACAGAAAUCGAAGGUUUCAGAUGAAACUUCGAAAGCUGAGAAAUAAUGAGAUUUUUCAAGGGAAGAAGACGGCCGCUCCAGUGAAGGUAGACACGGUGGAAGACCUGUUGGAGAAGUUCAAUGCUAUUCGGAUUUCAGGUCAUUCUUUUUUUUCUUAAAUGAAAAAGUAACGAAAAAGUUUAUUUAGAAACUUUUUGGCUCUAGACAAUCUUUAAAAAAAACAUAAAGUCAGAGUUGGCUCUUUUUCAAAUACUUGAAACGUAUCUUUUGAAGUUAAAAGAAAACUGAGAGAUUAGUUGAGAAAGUUAAAAUAUCCUAAAAAGAAGAAAAAAGUUCUAUUUUUCAACUGGACUCACUAGGAAACGCUUUUUACCUUUUUUUACGGGGGUAAAACGUUUCCUGGUCAAGUUUCUGAAAAAAAUCAGUUUGAAAAAAUGUUUGCAUCUUCAGCUUAUAGUCAAAAGUUCAACUUGGAAAUUAACUAUUUCGAGUUUCAGACGCUGAUCCAAGAAUCCCUGAGAUUGUUGGGUCCGGUUUGAACGGGAAACAGCUCAAAGCCGUGGAAAUGGCGAUGAAUCCGAAGAGAAGAUUCACGUGUAUCCAGGCACUAAAAUUAUUCAUCUCUUCCCAUUAUCAAAGUUUUCAGGGACCACCAGGAACUGGAAAGACCCGAACUUUGGCCGAGUUGAUCUCAGUGCUUUACAGGCGGAAAGAAAAGGUUUGAGAACAACAAAAUAUAUUUAAAAGGUCAUUUUCAGGUUCUCGUUUGCGCGCCAUCAAACGUAGCCGUUGAUAAUAUCUUUCAAGCCACGAAAAAAAGAUUCGAUGAGCUGGGAAUCGGAUACAACAAAUCGGUUCUAGGUAAAAAAAAAAUGAGAAAAAAAAAAUUAUAUAUUACAAUAGAACUUCUGAAACCUUUCAAAUCGGUCUAGCUUUUUUUUUCAAGAUUCUUCAAACAUCUUCUCGAUCUUUCUUGGCUCUGAAAAUAGCUUCAAUAUUUUUCUAGCAUCCUCAAAUUUGAGAAUUUUCCUUUGACAGAACAAGACGAUUCUAUUCUUUCAGACAUUGGAAAUGCGGACUCAUUGGAAGAGGAAAUCAAGAAACAUCCCGAAUUCAGAUAUGUUUUGGAUAUGGUAAUCACAAUUUAUUUUUUUCUCGUGAAAUAUAACUUUACCCCUCAGAGAGCCCAGCAAAGAUGCCUUCCUUCGCGGGAAAGAAGAAGUUACGAUACCCUGGAGAAGAAUUGUCGCGCCAUUUAUAAUAAAUUGCAAACGGUUAGGUUUUUCAAGAGAAAAAAAAACGUCAAAAUUGAAGCGUUUAAUCAAAGUUUUGUUGGGAAAAAAUUCAUUCUUAUCUUAGUUUUCUGGAGUUUUGUUUUUUUCUAAAACUUAAAAAAAUUUUUUUUGCGAACUUUCACAGCUACAGCAAAUUGAUAGAAUAAUUUUUUGAACGAAUUUAUUUUUUUCAUGCACUUCACACAUAACUUUGUACUAAUCGGUUUUGUUUUUUUCAAAUUUCUAUCAUUUAAGCUAUUUUUUUUCAACUAACACCUUUUUUCCAGAGAUUUGCCAGUGAAAUCAAGGUCUUUUUCUCAACACUCGGCUCCAGUUUGAUUAAGAAGCUCAUCGAGCUCAGUCAGUUCAGUCCGGAGUUGAUCAUUAUUGGUUCGAUGUUCCGAAUUAGGAAAAUGUGAAGCUCGAAAGUACUUUAGAUGAAGCUUCGCAAACGACUGAAGCCUCGGUUUGGCCUGUCUUGCAUUUUGGUAAACGUUGUGUACUGGCCGGUGAUCAUAAGCAACUUCCAGCGGUUAUUCGAACCGAAAUGUGAGAGAAUUUUAUAUUGCAGACUGUUUAAAAGUUUAAUUUUGAUUUCUUGAGAGUUUUUUGGAUAUUUUCUACGAGUAGAGAAUCUUGUUUUUUUUUUCCCUGUAAAAAGGUCAACUCGAAGUUUUAGUGGAAUUCGGACUCGGUAGAUUGUGUCAUUUUUUCUUUUUCAGUGUCACUUUUCACGUCUUUUCUGUCUUAAUUCUGCCUUUUUUUCUCGUUUCGAACUUUCCAGUUUGAUAUCAACUUCUUCACUGCUGAAAAAAAAACUUGAAAUUUAUGCGUCUCCUUAAUUUUUUUGGAAUCGUAUAAUUUAAACUUUAAACUAUGAUUUUCAAGUGCCGAAAAAGAGCAGUUCAACAUUUCGUUGAUGGAAAGGCUGCUGAAGGAAGGCGUCAGCGAUCAUCACAUUCUUUUGGAAGUUCAGCACCGGAUGAACGCCUCGAUCAUGCUCUGGUCGUCGCAGAUCUUCUACCAAUCUCAACUCGUCGCUCACGAAUCUGUCAGAGGCCGCAGCUUGAAGUCCGUCUUGGUCAAAAGAUGAAAAAAAAAUUAUGAAAAUUCCAGAAGUAUUCUGAAGUCUGAGCACCAUACCAACAAGCUUUUCCACCCGAUAAUUCUCCUUGAUACGGAGCUCUCCGAAGCGCGGUCAUAUAGAGAGAACUUUGGCGAUUCUUCAAGCUUCAAUAGAGGCAUUUGCAAAAAAAAAAUUGAAAAAAUUCGGAUUAUUUUCCAGGCGAAAUUGUUCUUGUCAAAAAGUAUGUACAAAAAUUGAUGGUUGCGGGUGUUGAGAAUGAGAAAAUUGCCAUCAUUACCCCUUAUAAUGGCCAGGUAAGCUUGAAAAGCGGUUUUUUUUAACAGAUAUGUCGAGAAAAUUGAAAAGAUGGCUUUUUUUUUGAGUUUUUUGUUGAUUAUGUUCUCUCAGUCCCAUCAUGUACGUUCAAGUUCAGAAACGCGAGCUGGCCAUCGCACUGAAAAGAGCGAAUAUUGAGAUUGGCGUUUUCACCGUGGACGAGUUCCAAGGUCAAGAACGAGAAGUUGUUGUCUUCUCAUUCGUCAAGAACAACCGUAUCAAAAAAAAAAUGUUAUUGUCUAUUUUGAUGUUUUCCAGCCAAAUCAAUCGGAUUUCUGAAAGAAACGCGUCGUGGGAAUGUUGCCGUUACCCGCGCAAAGCUUCAAUUCGCUUUGGUUGCCUCUUCUCGGAUGCUUUUGAAGCACAAGCAUUUCAAAGCCCUCUAUAAGUUCGUUUUUUGUAAAAAAUGUUUCAAAAUAGUCGAUCAUUGAAAGUUAUUUUGCAGCACGAUCAAAAAUCAGGACGGAGUUUUGAAUCCGGACGACCACUUGAAAUGA